GUCGCUACACAUCCUAGCCUCACACUGCUUUCGAAGCACCAAUUCUGAAUACCCUGCCUCGGAAAUAUCACGGGGACUUGCCGGACUCCAAAAGGCAUAUCUCUUCUGGCUGGAAUGGGAGCCUCAAGAAGCAGUGUGAGGCCAUGGACGUUUUCCUGGCCGGCGACACUGUUCCUGGCGCAGACCGAAUGACGCCAUUUUUGUUACUGGUAGAGCUCGGCUUGGAGGCUGUUUCUGGGCGUGCGAAAGAUAAGCUAAAGCGUCAACCAGACCCACCUGGGAGGGCUGGAGGGGAAAGGGAAUUUCGGGGGAUGUUGAGCCCAUUUGUGCAAGCAGGGAGCCAAGCUCGUCUUGACAAGGAGCUUUGGGGUCCUGAGAGCAAAGCCAGGGAACUAGUGACAUAUGAAGAUGUGGCUGUGGACUUCACCCAGGAAGAGUGGCAGAACUUGGACCCUGCUCAGAAGAUCCUACACAGAGAUGUGAUGCUGGAGAUCUACAGCCAUCUGAUCUCUGUGGGGUGCUCAGGUAUAAAUCCAGGUAAAAUCUUCAAGUUGGAAUAUGAAGAGGACCCGGGGUUCAUGAAGAGUGAGUUGUCAAGGUGGACCCACUCAGACAGAGAGAAAAGCCUUGACUCUUCCCAGCAGAUCAUUUCUGAAGAACUUUCAUUUCAAAAGGAGAUAUUGGAAAAAGCCCCAAAGGAUAAUUCACUGUACUGCCUUUUAAAAGUCUGGCAUACUGAUGGUCAGACAGAGAGAUAUCAAGGAAAUCAAGACAGAGUUUUGAGGCAAGUCACAGUCAUUAACCAUGAGACAGUGAUUAAGGAGGAAGGCCCCAAAUGUAACACACUUGGAAACAGUUUUGGUGGGUGCAUAGACCUUGAUCCUUCGUGUAAAAAACUCCAUAAUUUUGAUUUAUGUGAAAAGAACUUGGAAUAUAAUUUAGACUCACUGAUAUCCAAUAGGAGCUAUGCAAGAAAGAACCCCAUUGAGAGAUUUGGAUGCGGGAGCCCAUCUAGCUUUAGUAAUUCCUGUUCUGUACCUAAGAAAAUUUACACUGGCAUGAAACCUUGUGAACAUAGUCAAUGUGAAAAAGUUCUCAAUCACAAACAAGUCCAUAUUCAGUAUAAGAAAGGUCAAGCUGGUAAGAAACCCAAUGUUUGUGGUGAGUGUGGUAAAGGCUUUAUUAAAAAGUCACAGCUUAUUAUACAUCAAAGAAUUCAUACUGGAGAAAAACCGUAUGUAUGUGGAGAUUGUGGAAAAGCCUUCAGUGAGAAAUCACACCUUAUUGUGCAUCAGAGGAUUCAUACUGGAGAGAAACCCUAUGAAUGUACUAAAUGUGGGAGAGCCUUCUCCCAGAAGUCACCCUUCAUUGUUCAUCAAAGAGUCCACACUGGAGAGAAACCCUAUGAAUGUUCUGAGUGUCAAAAAGCCUUCUCUCAGAAGUCACAUCUCGUUAUACAUCAGCGAGUUCACGCUAGGGAGAAGCCCUUUGAAUGUAGUGAAUGUGGGAAAACCUUCUGUGAGAAGUCUCACCUUUUUAUACACCAGAUAACUCAUACUGGGGAGAGACCUUAUGAAUGUACUGAAUGUGGGAAGACCUUCCCUCGGAAAACACAACUCAUCAUCCAUCAGAGAACACAUACUGGAGAGAAACCCUAUAAGUGUAUUGAAUGUGGAAAAACCUUUUGCCAGCAGUCCCACCUCAUAGGGCAUCAAAGAAUUCAUACAGGAGAGAAACCUUAUGUAUGUACUGACUGUGGAAAAGCUUUUUCCCAAAAGUCACACCUUACUGGACAUCAAAGGCUUCACACUGGAGAGAAACCUUAUAUAUGUACAGAAUGCGGAAAAGCCUUCUCUCAGAAAUCACCUCUUAUUAUACACCAGAGAAUUCAUACAGGGGAAAAACCCUAUAAGUGUAGUGACUGUGGCAAGACCUUCUCCCAGAAAUCAGCCCUCAUUAUUCAUCAGAGAAUUCAUACAGGGGAGAAACCCUAUGAGUGUACUGAGUGUGGAAGGGCAUUUUCCCUGAAGUCAUAUCUCAUUAUGCAUCAGAAAGCUCAUGCUGGAGAGAAACCAUAUGAAUGUAAUGAAUCUGGAAAGGCCUUCUGUGAGAAGCCUCCACUAGCUGCACAUCAAAGAACUCAUACUAGGGAGAAACCCACUGAAUCUGCUGAAUGUGUUAUGGCCUUUUCCCGGAAUUCACAGAUGAUCACAUAUCAGAGAACACACACAGUGGAGAAACCUUCCAACUGCAGUGACUGUGGGACAGUGUUCUGCCAGCAUAUACACCUUACUGGACAUCAGAACCCACAUGGGAGAGAAACCUCAUAUAUGUACUGAUUGUGGGAAGGUCUUCCUAGAAAUCAGACCUCACUGUGGAUGAAACUCCAUGGAACGGAAAUCCUAUGGAUAUGUUGGACAUGAAAAAAUGUGGCACCUCCUUUACUAUAGAAUAGACUCAUACAUUCCUACAUAUUUCUGGUUACCCCUCCACAAGAUGAUCUGGUCAGGCUCUUAGAAUAUUUUCAACACUGUAAAUAUGUAAUGCAUUUGCUCACCUUCAAAGUAUCCCAUCACCCCCUCACAGAAUAAAUGCAUCUGGAAUAAUUGGCA